AUGGUUGAAUGGGACGCUAUUGAGACGCUCCUGGAGACGGGGUCGUGGAGGACCGCGCGCUCGAGGAGCCCCCACCCUUACGAUUCACAACGUCGGGCGUACGAACCGUCUAAACCCAAUAUCGGUAUCCCCAGGGCAGCAGGAACGACAACACGCAUAAAACGGCCACCGCCACCCUGCGUCGAGGAUGAAGACGAAUCGUUGGCAAAAGAACACCUUAGUUCGGUUGUGUCGGACUCAUCCGACGAAGGGCCCAAGCACCGCGGUGAGAUCGAUCAGCAGCCAAUUCUGCUCCCGGUACACGAGCACAACCCCGAGCGUCGAUUCGUGAUUGUUCCGGGCGCUGCUGGGGAAGAUGCCCCGAAGACUACUCAGGCCCGAUACGAUGCAAACACCUGCCGUAAAUACGUCAUUGUACCUUCUGAAAAAGAUGCGGAGAGUGGGGAGAGCGGGAAUGAGGAUAGGCGAAAACGGGAUUCACCCAAGGAGAACCCCCCAGGAUUCGAAGAACGCCCGGGCUCGCGUAAAGGAAGGCCCGAAAUUGUGAAGCGGAAGAGCCACCAGGACUUACCGCGCCUCACAACCGACCUUCACCCGGAAGAACCAUCUAUUCGGCGUUCAAGCAGCCGCCGUGAUCGGGAGAAACCCCUCGUGCACCAAGAGGCUCAAGGAUACUCUUCAUCUCGCGACAGGUCUAGCGCAAGACCAUCCGACAACGACUUUUUAUCACCCGCUGCGGUUAAAAGCAAGAGCUCUAGGAGACGUGAUCGAGCGUACUCGGAUGUCAGAUCAGAUGCGGGGCCGAGAUCCGGCCGUAGCCCCCCAACCAGGAGGGAUGCCGAGGUUGAAGUAGCGGAUGGAAAGCGUUCGCAUCACUCAUCCAGAUACUCUGUGAGCCCAGGGGCUCAUCGACGGGCCUCGUCCACCACAAAUGUGCCAACACAGGACGGUGGGUGGUCGAAACCACUCUCCCAACAACCAUCCGGUUACUACAAUGAUGAUGAUAUUCUUGCCUUCAUGGCGCCAGGCGAUGACUUCAUGGCAGAAAAGCCGCGGAGGGACAUGUCCCCGCCGAGAAGGAUCCGGAAUAGCAACUCCCCACCUCAUCCCCGCGGCGCGAGGGUGAUGCCCGGAUCGCCGACUCGCAAACGCCAGCCUCGCUCGUCAAAUCGUGACCGCGACGGGUAUUCAAGCGACGACAGCUAUAAGGAGCGGCGCCACAAUCGUUCCGAACGCCUCUAUUCAACCCGGCCCACAUUGGAACCGGACGAAGGCCGACGGUCAGCCGCCAGGCUUGCAGCCGUUCCGUCACUAGCAGCUCCAUUUUCGGAUGAAGGACUUCAACCAAGCCCGCGGAGCGCAACUUUCCCAACUGAUAAAAGUAGGAAGGUCGGCGAGCGCUCCAUGUCGCCGUCUCCCGCUGCCAGCGCCUCUCCAUCCCGACGCCCCGCCCAAGUCAAGGCAGCCCAACCAGGAGUGCACUCACGGGAUGCCAGCGUCGGCUCAGCGAAUGGUUCUACUACGCUGCCACCUCCAGUGUCGGGCACGUUACCUCGGGCUGCUACUCUGGACAGGCCUGUGCCAGCGGCAGUAGCUACCCUUGCUCGACAGGAAUCUUCAGACGUGCAAUCGCCAACGUUGUAUUGGCAGCCCGGGCGCUCCGAACAAGGCGCUGCCGAUGAUGACGUGACGAGCCACGCUCUUGCCCAACUCCCUGACUGUCAAUGGAAAUAUCCCACCUUGGCUCGCAACAAACCGGGCAGUGAACAGUUUCUUACCCUGAAGAGGGCCGAGAAUUUCGAGAUUUGCCCCGGCUGUUACCGGGUAUUGUUUGCCAACACAGAAUUCCAGCACAUGUUUGUCCCGGCCCCCAUCCGUACUGGAGAGCAGCUCAUCUCUUGCGACUUUGGCGCCUCGCCGUGGUAUCGCAUCGCUUACCUAUUGACGCUGAAACACGACUUCCCCGACCUUCGUCUGCUGCAGGGGAUAGCAUCCGUCGCAGCGCGGACACAAGCCUGUGCGGGGAGCAAGUCCGCAUCGCGCGUCUGGUAUAGCAUGAUGGCGCCGAACUCUAGGCGGCCUAUUCCGAGAUUCAACGUCUGUCUGAGCUGUACCAAGAUGAUUGAGGUGCUCCUACCAAACCUCGCAGGCAUCUUUGUGCCCCUAAGCUCACAUGAGGCCACGCACAACAUCUGCGAGCUUCACUAUGUACCGGAGCGGAAGCGCUUCUUCGACUACUUCGAAGAGAUGAAGACGACGUCCGAUAAAGCACUCACCCGUAGGACUGCCCCGGAUCUUAUGGAGCUUGUCGACCGUGUCCGGGAGAUAUCGAUCCACGAUGAGUGCCUGCGCAACACCCCGAUUUCGAACUACAAGUGGCACAUCAUGGAGCGGGUACCCGAGUUCACCGUCUGCGAGGAGUGCUUCAAUGCCGUGGUCUGGCCGAUGAUCGAAGACGAGGACAACGGCAGCGAGAUGCCGCGGAAUUUCUAUAAGUACAGGCAGACGAAGCCACUCGCCGCGUGCCAGCUGUACAGCGACCGCAUGCGCCGCGUCUUUCUCGAGGCCUGCAAGUACGAUGAUUUUGAGUUCCUCACCUCGUGCGUCCUCAAUAGGCUGCAGACCCUGGCCGAGGUCAGGGCGAGAUACAGUGAGCUGCAGAGGGAAAGCCAGGAGGACCCCGCGGUGCAGGAUGAGCUUGCAGCUCUAGCGAGGCGGUUUAAGGAUGUUGAAUGA